AUGUCUGCAAGCCUGGCAGUCUGUAAGCCUCAAGUCCCCAUGCCUCCAAACCUCCAAGCCACAAGUCUCCCAGGCCUCCAAGUCCCCAUGCCUGCAAACUUCGAGGCCUCCAAAUUCCCAUGCCUCCAGGUCCCAAGUCUCCAAGCCUCCAGCCUUGCAGGUCUCCAAGCUUCCAAGUCUCCUUUUUGCCUCCAAAUUUCGAAGCCUCCAAGUCCCCAUGCCUCCAAGCCUCAGAGCCUCCAUGUCUCCAUACCUCCUCCAAGCCUCCAAUGUCCCCAUGCUUCCAAGCCUCCAUGUUCGCAUGCCUCCAAACCUCAAAGCCUCCAUGGCUCCAAGCCUCCAAGCCUCCAUGUCCCCAUGCUUGAAGCCUCCAUGUACCCCAUGCCUCCACGUCUCCAAGCCUCCAAGUCUCCAAGCCUCCAAGUCCCCUUGCCUCCAAGUCUCCAUGACCUCCAUGCCUCCACGUCUCCAUGCCUUCAAGCCUCCAAGCCUCCAAGCAAGUUUCCAAGCCUCCAAGUCUCCAGCUUCCAUGUCCUCAUGCCUCCAGCUCCAAGUCCCCAUGUCUCCAUUCCUCCACAUGGUCCAUUUCUCCAUUUCUCCAUGUCCCCAUGCCCCAAGCCCCCAAGCCUCCAAGCCUCCAAGCCUCAAGCUUCCAUGUCCCCAUGUAUACAUGCCUCCAAAUCUCCAAGCCUCCAAGUCCCCAUGCCUCCAAGCCUCCAUGUCCCCUUGCCUCCAAGUCUCCAAGUCUCCAAGGCCUCCAUGUCCCCCAAUGCCUCCAAGCCUCCAUGUCUGCAAGCCUGGCAGUCCUGCAAGCCUCCAAGUCCCCAUGCCUCCAAGCACCCAUGCCUCAAAAUACCCAUGCCCUCCAAGCAUCCAGGUCCCCAUGGCUCCAAGCCUUGUCCCGAUGCCUCCAAACCUCCAUGUCCCAAGCCUCCACGUCCCCAUGCCUCCAAGCCCCCAAGUCCCCUAUUCCUCCAAGGCCUCCAAGCCUCCCCAAAUCCCCAUGCCUCCAAGUCUCCAUGCCUCCAAGCCUUCAAAUCCCAUGCCUCCAAGGUCCCCAUGCCCCCCAAGCCUCCACGCCUCCAUAUCCACAUGCCUCCAAGUCUCCAUGUCCCCAAGCCUCUAGGGUCUCCAUGCUUUCAAGCCUCUCCUAAGCAUCCAAGCAACCAAGUUUCCAAGCCUCCAGGCCUCCAGGCCUCCGGCCUCCACGCCUCCCCACGCCUCCACGCCUCCACGCCUCCAAGUCUCCAGGUCUCCGAGCCUCCCAAGUCUCCGGCCUCCAUGUCCCGUGCCUCCUGGCCUCCAGGUAUCCAUGCCUCCCCAGCCUCCAUGUCACCAGGCCUGGCCGGUCUCCAAGCCUCCAUGUCCCCAAACCUCCAGGCCUCCAUGUCCUCAUGCCUCCCGUCUCCAAGUCCCCAUGACUACAUACCUCCAUAUCCCCAUGUCCCGUGCCCCAAACCUCCAAGCCUCCGGUCCAUGCCUCCAUGUCCCCAUGCCUCCAAGCACCCAUGCCUCAAAAUACCCAUGCCUCCAAGCCUCCAGGUCCCCAUGCCUCCAAGUCUCCAAGUCAUGGUGCUCCAAAUCCAUGGCUCCAAACCUCCAAGCCUCGUCCCGAUGCCUCCAAGCCUCCUCCAUGUCCCUCAAGCAUCCACGUCCCCCAUGCCUCCGGCCUUCGUCCAUGCCUCCAAGUCCCCAUGCCCUCCACGCCUCCAUGUCACAUGCCUCCAGGGGUCUCCAUGUCCCCAUGCCUCCGGGGUCUCCAUGCUUUCGCCUCCUAAGCAUCCAAGCUUGGCCAAGUUUCCAAGCCUCCGCCUCCGCCUCCACGCCUCCAAGGUCUCCAGGGGUCUCCAGGCCUCCAGGUCUCCGGCCUCCAUGUCCCGGUGCCUCCGGGCCUCCUGGCCUCAAUGUCCCCAUGUCUCCAUGCCUCCAGGCGGCGUCCGGCCACUAUGUCUCCGGCCUCCAGGUCACCAUGGCUCCAGGCCUCCAGGACUCCAUGUCCCUAUGCCUCUGGCUUCUAAGCCUCCAAGGAUCUCAUGCCCCCAUGUCUCCAUGCUCCAAGGGCUCCAUGCCUUCAAGCCUCCAAGCCUCCAAGCAACCCAGGUUCCAGGCCUCCGUGGCCUCCGUGGCCUCAAAGCCUCAUGUGUCCAUGCCUCCUAG